UUUUCCCUCUCCCUUCUCAAGAUUCUUACUUUCUCUGCAUUUUCUUGGUUGAGUUCCAAGAGGUUCACGAACUACAAACAGCAGAAAACCCGAUUAACAUUUCCCAGAUCCGUUCUUCUCUGUUUUUUCCUUUCUGUCUCUGUUUGUUUGACUUGAAGAUAUGAGUAAAGAAGAGUUUCUGAAGAUCCAGAAAUGUGUGUUGAAGGUCAAUAUUCACUGCGAUGGAUGUAAGCAAAAGGUGAAGAAAAUCUUGCAGAAAAUCGAUGGGGUUUUCACUACCGAGAUAGAUGCAGAACAGGGGAAGGUUACAGUCACUGGAAAUGUCGACGCCGCCGUACUCAUCAAGAAGCUGUCUAAAUCCGGCAAACAUGCAGAGAUUUGGGGCGGGCAACCGGCGAACAACAACAAGAAUCAGCAGAACAACAUAGCUAAUCAGAUGAAAAACAUGCAAAUUGACAAUGCCAAAGGGGGGAACAACAAGGGUCAGAACCAGAAGGGUGCGGCUGCUAAUGGAGGAAACAACCAGCCGAAAGGCGGCGGACAGGGACAGGGGCUGCCACCAGUGCAGCUUCAGCAGCUACAACAGAUGAAAGGGUUUCAAGAUCUGAAGCUUCCACCCCAAUUUAAGGGGUUGAAACUGCCUGUUAAAGAUCAAAACGCGAAUCUUCCCAAGGGUGGGAAGUUUAAUUUGCACGAAGGUGAUGACCUGAGCGAUGAGAAUGAUGAGGAUGAUUAUGACGAUGAGGAUGAUUAUGAUGAUGAAAGGUGAUGACCUGAGCGAUGA